AUGACAGAUGCUAAGCAACAUGUGUUCCUGCAGCGGGUCCUCUUCAUCUUCGAUGUGACGAAGCGUUCAGCAGGGAAGGCCCAAGUGCUUCGUCUCUCUGCGCAACAAUGGGCCGCCGAAUGCGACCUUUGCUGUCUUGGAGCAUAUGUCCUUGAACAGAUGCAUGAUCACAGGGAUGCAAACAAUUUGAUGGUCUUCAAUGACGGCGUCGUUAAAACGGUCAUGAACCAACUCAUUGAAGGGGACUUUCACGAAGAGCUCAAGCAAAUCAUGGAGGUUCAGGACGCUGCCUUCAAGCCAGAGAUGUGUUCUAUGUGGAGUGACCACUUGCCUUCUGCAGCGGCUGCUCCUAGCGAUGCUCAAUUGGUGCACGCUGAUGAAAAGAUCGAGGAUUUGACGAAGCAGAACUGGAAACUCCAGUUUGAAGCCGACUCGCUCUCACUGGCCAGGGACGCUGCUCAACUUGCUCGCUUGUACAGCGAGGAGACCAAGUCCGAGAGGGCUUCAAGGGUGGCUAGGGUGUGCCACUUGCGUCAAGAGAAUGCAAUCGGGUCCAGCUUGGCUGCCUCCUUCAUGGCCAAGUCCUGCCACCACCGAGCAGGUUCUUCUUCAGAGAUUCAGGAGGAACUCUCGAAGUUUGUGGCCAAGCUGAAGGCCGACAAUGGGUCACUUUCAGAUGUCCAGGAAACGGCGCAAUUGCUUUCUGGAGAAAGCAUGCCAAAUGCAGUGUUGACAAGCUUGCUGAGUGGGAGCGAGACUGACUCCUUGAUCGGGGUGGUGAACCUCACGCCCUACGAUGGGAAUCUCGAAAUUUCUCUGUUGAAGAGGGGGCUGGCAAAGCCGGAACACACCUACAGGAGCUUGUCGUUUGCCAACGACAUGACAGUGAGCCAGCAUUGUGAGAAGGUUGAACUCACUAACGAAGUGCGCAUGCUACACCUUGACAAUGUGCUCUAUGGGCCUUCAUGGCGGAGCCUCAUCCAAGACUUCGACAAAAAGUUCUGCGGCGGUGCUGCGACGACCGAUUCCACCGUGGUGGCGGCGCCUGAGGUGGAAGAAGAACCUGCUCCUACACCAUUCACCUUGGAGCCAGACACGGUCGAUCGUUUGCUCGAGAUGUACGUGGUCGAGAACAAGGUACCAGCUCGGGAGCCAGGGUGCAUGCUGAUGCUCACUUCAGCUGUUCGACGGGAUGGCACCAAAGUGGAAAUGAUCGAGGGCCAAAAGAUGAAGCUUUGGCUGGUCGCCCACCAUGAGAUCGAAAUUGCUGACGAUGAGUUUCAGCUUGCACAUGGGAAGUCCACCUGGCUCAAACCCGAGAAGGUGCAGAAACUUAUGCGUGAGGGUGGAGGCCUGGUAUGCCUUGGUUUGCUCUAG